CGUCUAGUGAAACUAAUUACGUAUAUGAAGUUAUUUGGUGAUUUUAUCUACACUUGUAUAUAAUUAUAUUAGACAGUGUGACCUGUAAAAUUGAAAAACAUAAUUUAUAAUACCUAAAUAAAUCGUCAGUCGAGAGGAGGAAGAAAUAUUGCAGCUUGACGGUGCAUGCGUAUCAAUACAAAAAGCGAAUUCACAGAGUCGGGAAUUUAUAAACCAAAUAUAUCUUUUCUACGCAAUUUAUAAAAAAAGAAUAAAAAUAUAUAAAAUGAUCGGUUUAAAUAAUAACGAAGAUUCCGUGGAGUGUCCAUUGUGUAUGGAGCCACUUGAAGUAGACGACCUCACCUUUUUCCCAUGCACUUGUGGAUACCAGAUUUGUCGAUUCUGCUGGCACAGAAUUCGUACGGACGAAAACAAACUUUGUCCAGCAUGUCGGAAGGAAUAUCCAGAGAAUCCAGCGGACUUUAAGCCUUUAACUCAGGAAGAAAUGAUCGCUUUUAAGUCGCAAAAGCGCCAACGCGAUCAGCAGCGAAAGCAAAAAAUUACUGAGAACCGAAAACAUUUGGCUAAUGUUCGAGUUGUGCAAAAAAAUUUGGUAUUUGUUGUUGGUUUGCCCCCUCGAUUGGCGGACGCCGAUAUAUUGAAGAAACACGAAUACUUUGGGAAAUAUGGGAAAAUUCAUAAAGUCGUCAUAAAUCCGAGUACAACCUAUGCGGGAGUGCAGGGGCCUUCAGCAUCGGCGUACGUUACAUAUGUACAUAAUACGGACGCGUUGCGGGCUAUACAAAGUGUUAACAAUAUUAUGAUAGAUGGCAGGUUGAUAAAAACCAGUCUAGGAACAACAAAAUAUUGUAGCCAUUUUAUGAAAAACCAACAAUGUCCCAAAGGUGAUUGUAUGUACUUGCAUGAGUUGGGUGAUCAAGAAGCUAGUUUUACCAAGGAGGAAAUGCACCAGGGAAAGCACCAGGAAUACGAAAAGCGUCUGCACGACGCAUUGGUAGCAAAUGCCGGAACAAGUUUCACAUCUAUAAAUAGUAUUGGGGGUCCAGUGAGUAGUGCAGCUUCAAACGUUAGUGGAAAUUCGAAACCUAAUGCAUCAAUGUCAUCGUCAUUAUCUUCAACCACAUCGUCGACCUCGUCGGGGACUGCGUCAAAUGUUGCUUCUUCGAAUAGUAAUCAGCAAAAGGAAGCAUGGCCCAGUUUAUCUGUUUCUCCUGUUAACAGUAAAGAGACUUUGGGUAACGGAAACUUAUCGAAUGGAAAAAAUAAAAAAGACAAAUCUCGAAACGAUAAAAGUCGUUACGACAGAAACAACAAAUCGAAAUGUAAAAAUACAGCUUACAACAGUUCUUCGACUGCAUCAAAUAAAGAAAGCUUUACAUCGGAUUCCAAAGAAAAUGCAAAUGCCCCAGCAUUAUUAACAGCUUUAUCGUCAGAUGAAACGAUCACGUCAACAUCUAAAUCAGAUACAAGUAAUGGAAGUUCCAGAUCUAGAAUCGAGCGAAACAAGGAAAACUCGUUGCACGCACGUACAGCUAUUUCGAAGAAUCAGCAUCAAAGCAAAUCUGUCGUGCUAAGCAGCAAUAGCUCCAAUAAGACGUCGGAGCAACCAGAAGAGAAAGUCCCGCUUAAUAAUGUCACUGAAAGCCACUAUCGAACAGUCUCGCCAUCCCGAUUAGAUUGCAAUGAAAAACGAUCGCCCAGCUCUACGAGUGAAAAUAGUGCUGACCAUGGCUCGGAAAGCAGGACAGACGCGAAAAGUUCGACAGACACUGAGUGUACAAUUCCUAAUGAAGAUACCCUGGAAGCGCCAUCGGUUGAUAACGAUUCUGUGGACGAAAAUGAUGAUGUUAUCUUAAACGAUUUGACUUCGUCAAAACAGACAGAUUCCGGUAGCAUUGUCUCAGACUUAAUAUCCACAGCAAAGCCAGAUGCUAGAAAAUUGGAAACGUAUUCGAAAAAUAUUGAUAAAAACAUCGCAAACGUGACAUCUGAAGGCAACCCAACUAAAAUUGAAGAUAAUAGUGGAAAUACGGCGGAAGUAGCAUCCGCAUUUGAUAAUUUAAGUCUGUUCGAUGAUAGCAACAGUUUCUUCUCAUCGUCGUCGGCAUUCCAGCAAUCAUUACUAUUAAAAAACAAACUUGAAGCUGAAUCGCGUCACAAUCAGAUGAGCAAUGCAACAUCUUCCCAUCUGCCAGACUUGCUCAAUGGUAUUGACGAAUACCAAAAAACUUCGAACACAAAUGAAUGGGAAGAGGCUUUCAAAAACGUUAUGAUUCGAAACAACAGACAUGUUGAAGAACAAUUGUUGCAUCAACAGCAUCUUCAGCAGCAACAACAACACCAUCACCAACAAGUAUUGCAGCAACAGGAAGAGUUCCUUCGCAUGCACGAGAUGCAGAAAAGAAACAACAUUGCAAACAAUAUUGGUAUGCCACAAAUAGGCAGUGGGCCAAAUGACAUCUAUAGCAACAAUGUGGACUUAACUAGGGCACAGGCACAAGCACUUGUUCAGCAGCACUCACAACUUCUACAGCAACAGCCCAGAGAUAAUAUGCUGUGCCACAGUGGGUUCUUUGGUGGAAAUAUGACAAAGUUUUUCGACUUUCAUAAAAGCCAACAACAGUUACAACAUCAUCAUUAUCUCAAUUCACAUUCGCCUCAAAUAAAUCGGAAUGCUGCUUUUCUUGAGAAUGGUCGGCUUAAUCCACAACUCGUCGAUAAUGGAAUUUUAACACCCCAGUCGCAGGUGCAAAAACAGAGGUUACAUGGAAUGUUUGAAACAAUGCCACAAAACCUGUCUCAAAGCACACAACAGCAGCAGCAGCAGAACCAUCAGAAUAUGUUUGCACAAAACUCUAUUGUUGACGAUGAUUUGGGGUUUGAUCCUUUUAUUGAAACGCAAAAAGGAUUGGCUGAGCUCAUGGAGAAUGAAAUUGUUCAGCAGCAAAAUAUAAAUGGCGGAAACGUUGGUUCAAAAAUGCAGACGCAGCCCCAACAAGUCUCGCAACAGCAACUGAUUGAUAACAUCAACCGUGCUCGAAUGCCGCCCCCAGGUUUCAAUUCGAUGAACACAUUAGGCAUUAAUGGCUCCCGCUUGCCGAACACGAAUAAAAUGGCACCAUUUGGCAAUAAUGUUGGAAAUGCCAACAUCCUUGGUGGACACCAAGUGUCCUUAGAAUCCAACUGGAACCCACAUUUGCUUCCGCACCAGGGACAGUCGAUUAAUGACACUAAACUGCAACAACUAGCUCAGACUGCAGGCCCUCACAGCAAAGGUAAUAGCACUAACGAUUGGACUUCAAUGGAUCCCGCAAUACUUUCAUAUCGGCAAUACUCAUCUUUUCCACAACAAGGUCAAAUGCUAACUCACCCACAGCAGCAGCAGGACAUGUUUUUGCACCCCUUUGCGCAGCAGCAGAACACACAAAGAUUUACUGGCCAGACCCAACAACCACCAGUCCUUCCUGGUAUGAGCAUGUCCAGCAGUCUACAUAAUGGACCGCAGUCGUCACAGCCACAGGUUAACGCAAGUGUUCAAGGCAUGUUAGAGUUCUUGAAAAAUCGUCAAUUUGUUUAAUAAUUAUUUAAAAUAUAGAUUUAUAUAACCGUA